CUUAAUAAUGAAUGGCACAGUUGGGUUUGAAGGCAAUUGCUGCUUCUAGGUUUUCUACAUUCACAUCUACCCGCGCUGAGGCAAUUGAAACGACAACAUCACAUACUACACCAGUAGGACAAGUCCCUUCCCAGCAGAAUGAGCAAGAGGGACCAACAGCUACACAAAACUCUGACAACUCAUUCUAUACACCUUUGCAAGCAUGGCUCCGGGAUUUCAGAACAAAUGAACCCAAGGAUAUGAUCAACUUGAAACGCCAAGUCUUUGGAGCUCCUUUGAGGAAGGAUAUCUUGCACAGAGUAGUUGUCUGGCAAAGAGAUGCGGAGCGUCAGGGAACACAUUCGACCAAAGGAAGAAGCGAAGUCAGUGGAACAACUCGCAAGGCUGCACCGCAGAAAGGACGUGGCGCUGCUCGUGUGGGAUCUUUACGUGCGCCUCAACGUCGCGGAGGUGGAAUUGCAUUUGGACCAAAGCCUAGAGAUCAUUCAAGUGAAUUGCCUCGUAAGGUUCAGGAGAUGGGUCUGCGUAUUGCGUUGUCGACCAAAUAUGCACAGGAUCAGUUGGUGAUUGUGGAUGAUAUUGUUUUAGAUUCUCAUAAGGCUCGGGAAUUCGAGAAGAUUCAAAGACAACAUGGCUGGGAUUCAAUCCUUGUUGUGGCUCAUCAAGAGAAUGAGAAUUUGUGGCGUGCAACGAACAACUUACAGCAAGUGGAUGUCACGGUCAUGCAGGAGACAGAUGUCUUGAGGUUGCUGAAGUAUCAAACGGUCAUCAUCGAUAGGAAAUCAGUCCGCUAUCUAGAGAAAAAGUUAAAGAUUUAAAAGACGUUGGUAAAAUAGAGGCAGUAACGAGGGACAGGGGAUGGAAGAAAAAGGGUGUCAUUUUAUUAAAAAAAAACAAAAGCGGUGAAUGGGGGCCUCCUUUCUUUUAUGCAAUAGUUUUAUUAGAUUUUUUAACAUUAAAAGCAACCAUUCAAAUGUAUUAAAGUUUAU